AUGGCUCCAUGGAGCCUAGCAUGUCUUGAAGCAGUUCAGGUCGCACUUGUGAAGGAUGCUGUGAAGCAGGUCAGAGCCUUAAUUUCGUCGUGUGAAAUCAAGAAAAUCAUGAGGGCGGAAGAAGAGCUCUGCACCUUGGCUCUUUCCCAGGAAGAAGCAAACGGGACGACAGACAGUGAAUUGUUCCGGAGCUCAGACAGAUGCCUUGGAAUGUGGGAUAACCUCACCUGCUGGCUGUCUUCUUCCAUUGGGCAAACUGUUAGCGUUCCAUGCCCUCAAGCCUUCCAAAUAAUAUCGGGGAAAACAGGGUUUAUAUAUCGUAACUGCACGAGGAAAGGCUGGUCAGAAAAAUAUCCCAAAGCAGAUGUUGCUUGUGGCUUGGAUAAAGAAGAAAUUAUUGCCCCUAUAAAUAGCUGGAAAAAUAAGGUGGCUUAUUUGAUGAAGUUGGAGACUAUGUAUACUGUUGGAACAACUACUUCCCUGGUGGCGCUGACAGUAGCCUUUGGCAUCCUGGCUUCUUUCAGAAGACUUCGCUGUACAAGGAAUUACGUCCACAUGCAGCUCUUUGCAUCGUUCAUUUUGCGAGCAGUGGCAAACUUCAUUAAAGAUCCUGUGCUGUCUGAGGACACUCAUGAUGCAGUCUACUGUGAUUUACACAUGGGCAGAUGUAAGAUGAUCAUGGUCUUCAUUAACUUUUGUAUCAUGGCAAACUACAUUUGGCUUCUUGUGGAAGGGCUUUAUCUUCAUACCCUGCUGGUUGUAUCUUUCUUCUCAAAGAUAACGUUCUUUUGGUGGUUUGUGCUUCUGGGGUGGGGGACUCCCAGCUUAUUUGUAAUCGCAUGGGUCACAGCCAGGCUAAUACAUGAAAAUGUUGGAUGUUGGGAUACUCAUCUGACAUAUGUCCGGUGGCUCAUUCAAGGCCCUGUGGUGCUCUCUAUUGCUAUCAAUUUCAUUCUAUUUCUUAAUAUUAUAAGAAUUCUAAUGAGCAAGCUGAGAUGGCCAGAUGGACGAGGCAAGGAUUCCAGUCAAUACAAGAGACUUGUUAAAUCAACACUCGUCCUCAUCCCUCUCUUUGGAGUCCACUAUAUCAUCUUUGCUUUCUUCCCUUUCAAUACCACGGACGGCACUUUGGAGAUUCAGGCGCUAUUUGAAAAAGCCUUCGGAUCUUUCCAGGGCUUUGCUGUGGCUGUGCUUUACUGUUUUCUUAAUGGGGAGGUCCAGCAGGAGAUUCACAGAAAAUGGCGGCAGUGGCAUUUAAGGAAACAUAUCCAUUCACAUAAGCAACACAGCUCCUCCUUUCAGAAUGAAGUAAGUGGAUUCACUCAGGUGCUGCAGCUGAUGAAGUCCAGCCCUCAGGAGGAAAGGAGGCUCACUGCCCAAAAUCUGAAUAAAAUGUAAUGAGUCUAGUGCAGGUGGAAAAGUGCUAAUUGCUCACCCAGAAGUCACUGGAAAGCUCAUAUUUACCUCAUCAACCAUUGUGAUUAGGGAUGUGAAAGCUAAAUGUGCUCCUUAAUUAGCUCUGCUUGGAGCCUAGCUUUGUGUAUGGCCUCAAUA